AUGGAAAGUCCUGUCGAAAGACCUCUUACCCAUGGAUUUCUAAGUUUGGAUCCUGACUCCCCCGAUUAUGCUUUAAGAUCACACACACUGCCAGCAAAUGCCACUAGCAUACGACAAUUGGUCAUAAAUAAACAGAACGGGCGUGUGAUUGCGGCAAAAAGUCAACUGGUGGGCCGUAUGGAAGACGCUUUGAUACGCUGGCGUCCACCCGUUUCAUGUCACGCAGGGUCUACUGCUGCAGUCAAAGGUAAGCACCCGUACCAAUUGGAAAUGGAGGAAAAUACACCAGCACAUACUUCGCUAGAAUCAAUACGUCAGUGCAUCGAAACUUUGGGAAAUGCGGUCAUCAAACCUAAGAAAAAAAGCGAUACACACCGUCACGCGGAAGAAAGUAGUCUUUUACAUUCAGUCCAUUUGGGAGACUCCACUGACCCAUUUCAUUCCUUAUCUUCGGCAAGCGGAAUGCUUCAGGAAAUUCGACAAAGUUUGCAAAGCACUGACACGCACGGAAUUACUCCGCAAGCUAUAGAAUGCGAGCAAGAGCCGGAAACCUGUACUUUCGAACCUAUCACAUACAGCUUUCCAAUUCCGGCCUACUAUUUACCGCAAGAAACUACACACCCGGUGGGAGAAUCGACCAGAGACAACGUGAAUGUAGAUUCUAACGACGGCCAAGCGGGAACCCGUUGGAAUAAUUUUUGGGAUCAAGUGUGUCGCGAAUUCAAAAUCCUGUGUGCAUGUGUAUAA